CGGCGUUGGGCCAACGCUUCCCGUGAUUUGCCAAUUGCCACAAAGGCCAUUCGCUAGAAAUGGAAAUUAUAGACGCCUCAAAGUAGGUUCGCAAACGAGUUUCAUUCCUUUACGGCCAACAAAUAACGCACCUUUCGUACCUUUCCGCAAUCUCACUAUACACAUCGAGGCUCUGAUCCAGGCGUGCUAAACAAAGAGGUCUUAUCUUGGAAUGUCUCAAUCGCAAGCUACGUCGGAAGAAGAACCUUCGCCAUUGCUGGUGUUGAGUGCCUAUACUACAGACCUGCGACACUUCACAAAUUUGCUUAGAGGUGUCAGCUUUGAAAAACGUGCCCUCUUCGACCUCACAGCAGGCGGCAUUGUCGUAACUGUGGAAGAGGCAAGGACGUUACUAGCGUUCGCGUUUAUCAGGAACGACAUAUUCGACGAAUACAUUUACAUUCCUAUGGAAGAGCCCGAGCCCGAGCCGCAAUCUUCACAAGAAACUGUGGAUGAAGACGAAGAACCUACACCACCUCGACCCAAACGAACACUGUUCGAAGUCAACCUCUCAACCGUGAUUGACUGUUUGAACCUCUUUGGAACGGCUGGAACAUCUGCAAGUGCUGUGAAAAAGCAUAGAUUCAAAGGCUGGAACCAAUCUGCUCAAGAUUCAGACGGGGACGAUGAUGGUACAGAAGAUGGCAGCGCAUCCAGAAGAGGUCGUACUAGCAAGAGUGCGAGUGGAAUGAACGCGUCGGCUUCGGCAAAUACUAAGAUUGAUCAGUUCAUGAGUGGAAGUACGAAAGGUACAGCGUUGAGGAUGACAUAUGCUGGCCCUGGGCAUCCUCUAGUAUUGCAUUUAGCUGAAAGUUCUAGUGGACCCGCUGCGACGUGCGAAAUCGUCACUUAUGAUCCUGAACCUGCACUCGAGCUUCCUUUUGACUCUGACGCGAUGAUUAUGAAAAUGAUUUUGAAGUCGUCAUGGCUUCAAGAUGCACUCUCAGAACUCCAUCCCUCCUGCGACAAACUAACAAUUAUAGGAAAUCCCCCGCCUGCGCCGGGUAGAGGUCCUACUCUUACUGCACCUCCAAGACUACGCAUAAAGGCAACGGGCACGUUCGGUACAACCGAGAUGGACUACCCAAAUGACAAAGAAGUUCUUGAGUCAUGCGAAUGCGAUACCCAUGUCUCUUUCACAUAUCGAACUUCGCAUGUUGUCCGAGUAGCACGGGCUUUACAACAUUCCACCAAGACGUCGGUGCGAAUAGAUGAAGGAGGUUUGCUAAGUUUACAACUCAUCAUUCCUUCACCACGGAUGCGAGGUCCGAAAGCGGCAGAAGCUUUUACAGAGUUCAGGUGUCUUGCUAUUGACGAAUCAUAAUAAGCAAGACUACUGAUUUCUUCAUCCUGUUUCAGUUGCUGUAGCAUGCUGGUUCCUUCUUGACGGAAUAGAGUGGAAAUGUAUGGUAUGUCUAAUGGCAACGCAGUACCAUAUUAUAGUGGAGCUAUACUCAAUCAAAACAAGUCGUCCAGGGAACCGGAAGAACUAGUCUUCGUUUUGGAGGACGGGGCGGGUGAAGAAGCAGGCUUCGGCGACGGAGGCAGAUAGUCUGCGAUGAUAGAGUCGAAAUCCGGCGGAGUGGCUGACGCUGCGAUAAAUGUGAGCAAUAAACUAGAGACUCUGAUUCAAUGAGACAGUACCUGGUGGUGUGCGCGCUUUGAUAGAAGAGGCUAACAUAUUCGAUACGAUGAGGCGACGAAUAGCGAGACCAUCUAGCGGUGCUGGCUCUGGCUUCUUCUCAACCUUCUCAACCUUCGCAACCUUCGCAACCUUCUCGAUCUUCUGUUCCUCCUUUUCCGAGGCAGCCUGGUAUGUUCCAAGUGGUCCACUUGCCUUACCCAAGUAGGCCAGGACGUCACCCUUAGUGAGCAUGCCACGAACACCAGUUCCCUUGAUAUCAUCAGCCUUCUCGAUACCGCUCUCAAUUAAGAGACGGAUAACCGAGGGGAACAGAGGGCGUGAGGAUGAGGGUGUUACGUGUGGGCGGGAUUCUGGAGUAGAAGGCGUCGGCUGGGGAGGGGCUUGUUGGGCGGGCGAAACUUCUUCUUUGGCAGGUUUUGAAGGUGCAGGCUCGGCCUCUUCUGGGAGUUGCAAGUUUGAAAUAUCAUCACCCUCCUCGGCAAGCAGUGCAAUCGCCUUGCCGACUUUAACGU